ACAUUUGACUCAAGUUUUACGGCACCUCUCUUCAUAUAUUGUCUCUACUUCUGUGUUGUUCCACCGCGCGAUCGCAUCAAUCAGCGAACAAAGGCGAUCGAUCAGUCAGUGUGUUGCAGUGGUCGGCUCGCUGGAUGAAUGAAGUUUCGUGUCUGUGAACAGAGAGUAUAACUGAAACCAGUUGGGAAAGUGAUGUAGUGUUUAUCUCCUGUACCGUGCAGAAUUUGCUGUAGCUGGCUCAGAUUCUGAGUCGUCAUCAUUGCAAUUUUUACAGUUUGUUGUUGUUGUUGUUGUUCUGGUACCGAUUGGUCACUACACGGCCCGGCUGUUUCGAAAAUUUAUCAGAGGAUUGUUUCAAUUGCUUACCGUAGAUCAACACUCCGUAAGCCUUCAUACUAGUGAAACGAAUUGAUCAUUCGUGGUUGCUCGCAACAACAGCAAACCCACAGUAAAAUCUGUCUAACAACUACGUGCGCGCUUGCACAAUGUCGAACAGUCUUACUGCCAAUUUCGGGUGCUUCAGUUAGCGUGGGAAGUGUUCGUACUCUGCAGCAUUUCAGUUUUCGAAAGCAAUUGAAUGUGAACCGCCGACACCAUGGCUACUGCCGAAACAAUUGCUUUGACUGCCGCCCCCGUCCUAACGCACCCAAUUCUAGUCGGUUCCGGUAACGACGAAGGCAAAGAGCUCAAUGGCAUUGUAUUUGAAUCCUUCAGUCAUACUGCCACGAUCCUGAAGGGACUGAACGAGCUUCGUCUCAAGGGAAUACUAGUGGAUGUGACCCUACGCAGCAACGGGAAGGUAUUUCAGGCUCACCGGGCUGUCCUGUCGGCGUGCAGCGAAUAUUUCCGGGCAAUGUUUUCCAGUCACACCCGCGAAUCCCGGCUCAGCGAGAUCGAUCUUUGCAAUAUAUCUCCGCUGGGAAUCGAGCUGCUACUGGAGUAUAUCUACACUGCCAAGCUGGCCCUGAACUUGGCCAACAUUCAGGAGGUGCUAUCCGCGGCAAGCUACAUCCAGCUGGAAUCGGUUGUCGAAGCCUGCCUCAACUAUCUGGAUCAGCAGCUGGAUCUGGACAACUACAUCGACGUGCUGAUCAUCUCGGAAAUGUACUCGCUGAAACGGUUGAACCACAAGGUCUAUCGUUUCAUUUGUCAUCAUUUGAAUGUGAUAUCGAAAUCAGCGGAAUUUUUCCGACUCAGUGAACGACAGAUCGAACUGAUACUGGCCGGGGAUUACCCGGUGACCUGUACCGAAAUUGAGGUACUGGGAAUUCUACUGCGUUGGAUUCAAGCGAACUGCGAUGAACCACCAGAACCGGCUUCCUGUCAGGCAAACUAUCGACAGUUGAUUCGAAACAACAUCCGGUUCAUGGACAUCUCGCUGCAGGAACUGUACAAUUUGCUCUGCUCGGAAGAGUUCAAGUUUCAUUGGAUUGAUAGAUACGAACUGUAUGACUUUAUCAUGAAGAUUGGCGAGCAGCAGUGCAUCAAGUAUAAAAUUUCUCCUCUGAACAAAAUUCAAAACUACCGCGGUCUGGAGCUGGCGAUUAUUAAAAUAGGUGGUUUCGAUCUUUCCGGGAUAACAAACGAGAUAACCUAUUGCUUUCCCGGUGGUAGUAGUAGUAGCGGUAAUCCGGCUUCUGCGGGUGCGAAAAUUAAGCUGAUCAGGAAUAAAUCGUUCGGCGAGGGCAGCAGUCAUUCGGCGUCCGAUAGUUUUGAGGGAAAAGCUACGAAGGUCGGCAAACGUGGCAAGGAUUUUAAACUAAACGGUAAGUGGCGCUACCUAACUACGAUUCCGCAUAUCAAGCAGAGUAACUUCGGGGUUGUCGUCCUGAAUAAUAAUUUGUACGUGAUUGGUGGAUGUUACGACAUAUCACUGGAAGAGUACAUCCACCCGUUCGGUUUUCGGUAUUGUCCUAUUAAAAACAAGUGGGAAACGAUUGCUCCCCUGCAGCAAGAUCGUUGUCGAUUCUCACUGAAUGUAGUUGGCCAUAGUUUGAUUGCGGUUGGGGGUAAUAGCGAGAUGGAUGACGAUGGCGAUCGUUCGAUGUCAACUUGCGAACAGUACGAUCCGAUUGCCGAUAAAUGGAUUUACAUUGAAUCGUUGCCAGAAUAUCGAACUCAGCAUGCUGGGGCUGCGUUCGGUGCUACACUGUACAUCACCGGUGGACUGGACAUGUACAGUGGAGUUCUCGCUACGCUGUGGAGUUACUACAGCUUCAACGAUAAGUGGGAAAAGCUACCGAACAUGUUGCAUCCCCGAGCUGAUCACGUGAUGUUUACCAUCAAUAGAAAACUGUACGUCUGCGGUGGUUGGUAUGAGAUAAACGGCCAACGAGUCCUAGCCAACAGCAUUGAUUGCUACGAUUUGUUCUGUAAAGUGCCCGCCUGGCAUGAGGUGACGAAAAUACCAACCCCAAAAUAUCACGCCGGUAUAGUGGCGAUACAGGAAAGAAUCUACAUCAUCGGUGGGUUCUGUUCGGAUGACAUUUUUCGCCAUACGGCAUCCAGUGUCGAGUGCUACGAUGUGAGUGCCGAUCGAUGGUACAGUCUGAAAAAGUAUCCGAAAAAUAUCUGGGAACACACGUGUGCGAACUUGUACAUUCCGAAGUACCGGGAUGAUAUGGAGGUGAUUGAUGACAAUGAGGAUGGAGAGGACGAAGGGGAGCAUGAUAGUGACAAUGCCAGCAGUACUGCCAUUUGAGAGGAAACUUCAGCUGAGAUGCUGUCGACGAUUUUAGACUCUAUAGCAAGUAAGAAGUAUUUAUUUAUUAAUAAAAUAUUUUUGUUAGCCACCAAACCACCGGAAUGGUUC